UAACAAAAGUUUAAAGAGUUGACCAAUUAAGAAAGCGUGUGAGGCAAUAGUGGCGCGAAUGUGUUGCUAAUACUAUCUUGAAUAAUUCAGCAGUGAGAACCCGUGCAGCUAGUGUAUCCAUUUGAAGACAUAAAGUGGAUAGAUUAUCCGCUUCAGUGUGCUCGAUUGGAUGAACGAAAGAGUAAACCAUCGUUACAAAAUGGGGUGUAGUAAAUUCGUAGUAGUCGGCAAUAAGCACGAGGAAAAUCGAUCUGCUUGCUCGCUGGAAGACGAUAGCAUUUCGUUGCAUUGAUACUAAUCGAAUGACCAAAGUUGCUGCUGACAUUGAGCCUCAUUAGGGCCGGAUUUCAACCUACAACGAGAUGACCCUGCAUUCGAUGAGCAAUCAUCGAAUCAAUUCCAUCGAUCCUAUAAUCCCAUUCCACGCAACUGUGGCUAACAUUGCUCGAAUCCAACAACCCAACUAAUAAUGUCAGGAUGGACAGACAAACGGAUCUCCACACAAAAUGCGGAAAAUAUCGGAUCAAAUACUGCGACCGCUGAAAAUGAAUCCAAACCAGCGGAAACCUCCGCCGGCGAGAGUCUGACGCUAUCAAGUAGAUUUCCUUUGCGUAAGAUCGGAGAUCUUUUCCGCGGCAAACUACGCAGUUCUGGCAGUUAUACGAUCAAAAGUUUCAAUCACAGUGUUGCUCAAGAGUGUAAGAUUUCGGAAUGUUUAACACUGGAUGUAGAAAACAUUUCCAGCCCGGUGAAGAAGCCUGAGCGACCAGUUCCUACCGUCGAAAUAGAGACUGAGGUCGUGAACGAAAAACCUGUCCGGAAUGGAGACGGAACAGUUACCACUGCGCCACCCGUACGACCGCGGAAAAUUACCACGCUUAAUCGAACCUUUCAGCGGAAGAGGAGUACAAAUACCAGCACCAUCGGUUACAGCAGUUCCCAGAAACCGGCAGACGUGGUAGCUGAACCGGCCGGAAAUGGCCAGAAGCGUCCCUCGAUUAGCAGUCAGGACACGGGCGUCGGAUCGGAUGUUGUGGUGGGCAAAGGUACCGGGCGGGAACGUGUAAAUUCAACAUCACACUAUUCGACGGAAAAAAGUGGCUCCUCGGGUUACUACAGUACAAAUAUCUUCUUUGCCGGUGGUUCGGUAGUGGAUGAACACAUCUACUACGAACCGGUAGACCGCGGGCGCAAACAGUCGGAAGAGGGCGCAGGAAACAAACCUACGGAAACGGUUCCCAAAAGGGAGGGUAUUUUGAAGAACAGUCGAGCUAUUCAGGAGCCUCCGCCGUCUCCAAAAAAUGAACGUCCUUUAGAACAGUACUACUAUCCGGCGACGUUGGAGAACGUCCCGAACGAUCAGACAAUCAUGCGUGCAAAGACGGUUGUCAAUGAGAAACAGCCGGAUAUUGUAGAAGGUCCGGAUGGACCCAUCCCUAGACCAAUUUGGCCGUCGGAUGCCGACGAUUCAUUGGCCGACAUAAACUUGGAAGCGUUUCGAUUGCGACACAGUAGUCAACAAAAUUUAAUCGGGUUUGAUAGCUCAGCGUCAUCAAAUUCAGAUAACGAAAUUUACUCGGUCAGUCAGAAAAAUGCGGAAGAUCAAGCGAAGAAGAAAUCUCAGUACGAGGAGUAUUUGGAAUUUCAUAACACGCGGAACAUUUUGGAGCAGAUCCGGGGGAAACUGGAUACACUGCUGGAUCAACGGAAUGAGAACCUGCGAGCAAAUUCUGGAAAUGAUCAUACGAUGCCGACACCGGCAGAAAUUGAGCUGGAGGAGAAAAUAGCCAAUUUGAAAGCGGAUCUUGAAGAGUAUCUGCGUUCUAUGAACCAACAAAACGAGAACGAGAUUAAUCGGUUCGUUAAGGGAAUGUCCAAAGAUGCCAAGGUAAUGGCCGUUCAAAAUGCUGUCGAACAUCGGAACCGCUCACGAAGCUCUUCAAUUCAGCUGGAGAAUGAAUAUGAGGUUAUGGACAAUCCAAGACCUCGUCAAUCGUUUUACACUGUACAUCCUCAACGGAUUAUGAAGAGUUAUUCCAGACAGGAAAGAGGACCAGCUGAUCAACAGUCGCAUUUUGAGACGGUAUACGUGCAGGAUGGAUUUGAUAUACGUCAGUUAAACCGACCGGUUCCAAAUCCGUUUGCUCAGGAAGCUCGCACGACGCAGAUUUUACACAGCCAGCAGCAGAACCUGCGGGCUAUGUGCAGUCAGAAGCGUUACCUAACUAGUGAUGAAAUAAAGGUGUGCAAUAGUUUUGAGGGUCGCGGACGAAGACCGAGCCGAGUGUCGAUUGAGGUGCCCGGUAGGGGGAGGGAUGGUGUUCAUGUUGUGGGUGGUGGUGGUGGUGGAGGAAUGGACGGUCGUCAUAGGCGGCAGUCGGAAAUUAGCAAUAGUAAUAAUCUAGGAAAAAGUUCUGAUGUGAGUGGUUUUACGCUGCAACGAGUGAUUUUGAUGGAAAGCUUAGGUAAAAGUGGGAAGCUAUUCGGUGAUAAGGAAAAGAUGCUGCUAGAGUAUCAUCUCAACAAGCCGAGCUACUGGGAGCUGUACUAUGGUGCUAACCGUGAGGAGCAUAAUCCACACCACACGCUGAUAAGGAAGGUGAAGAUUGGAGGAAAGAACGCGAUAUCUGUUUCUUAUCCCUCAACCCGGCCGGAGUCGGACUUUACGCUGGAUCUGCCGCGCGCCGAGCAGCUGCGGGUCAAGAUGAAAAAGGAAAAGCAAUUCCGUACCCGGUGCCGAUGGUUCUUCUACUUCCUUAGUGUGGUGUUCUUCCUGCUGUCCGUGAUGGUGGUCAGCCUGAUACUGACCCGAGGCAAGCGGAUGUUUGGCAGCAUGAUUUGACGGUUCCUGUCCAGGACGAAGGCUGCUGUGUCGGGGGUGUGCUCCUCCCGUUUCGAACUGCCCAACCAUUGUUUUCAUCUAUAGAUGCCAUCGGUGCUGUGUUGUGCUUUCCAGCAGUAGGUUCAGCCUAUGUUCGUCCUUCCAUAUUUUUAUUCGACGCGAUGGACGGACAGUCGGCGGCCACUGUUUUGUUUUAGCUUUGUAGACAAAUUUUACUAGAAUGUAUUUAUUAUGUGAUAAGCCGGAUCUUGAACAUGCUAUUUCAGUUGGAAA